CGUUUCAGACGUCUAAGCUUUAGUCAGCAUGUCUGGUCGUGGCAAGGGAGGUAAGGGCCUCGGAAAGGGUGGCGCUAAACGCCACCGUAAAGUGCUGCGCGAUAACAUCCAGGGUAUCACAAAGCCCGCCAUCCGAAGACUAGCCCGCCGCGGCGGAGUCAAGCGCAUCUCCGGCCUCAUCUAUGAAGAGACCCGUGGGGUGCUCAAAGUGUUUCUGGAGAACGUGAUCCGCGAUGCCGUCACCUACACGGAGCACGCCAAGAGGAAGACCGUUACCGCCAUGGAUGUGGUCUACGCUCUCAAGCGCCAGGGCCGGACUCUCUACGGUUUUGGUGGUUAAAAUAGCCUGUGUUUCCUUAUUCUGACAAGAAACCCAAAGGCCCUUUUAAGGGCCAACCA